AUGACAACCAACACAUCUAACAACAUUUUACGAUCAAUCCUUGACAAAGAAAAAUUGUCAGGGACAAAUUUUCUGGAUUGGUACCGAAAUUUGAGGAUUGUCCUCAAACAUGAUAAAAAGCUGUAUGUCUUGGAGACACCUGUUCCUGAAGAGGAACCUCCUAGUUUUUCUCCUAAGGAAAAAAGAGAUGCUUAUACGAAGCAUGUCGAUGAUGCCAAUGAAACUGCUUGCCUCAUGCUGGCUACCAUGAACUCGGAGUUCCAUAAGCAACAUGAGAAUAUAACAGCGUUUGAUAUGAUCCAACAUUUGAAGAUGCUCUAUCAAGAGCCAGCCAGGAAUGAGAGAUUUGAAGUUUCAAAAGGCCUUUUUCAAGGCAAGUUAGCUGAGGGAGCCCCUAUAGGUCCCCAUGUACUCAAGAUGAUUGGCUUUAGUCAAUUUUUCCAUAAUUUUAACAUGAAUGAUAUAAACAAAAGUCUUCCAGAACUGCUAAGCAUGUUAAGAACCGCUGAGCAAAAUCUGAAGUCAAAAGGGAAGUCCAUUUUGAUGGUCAGUAAUGGAAUGAAGCAGAACAAAAGACCCACUAAGCAGGGUGGUAAAGGGAAAGGCAAGGAAGUUUCCAAACCCAAACCCAGUGCUCCUUCUCUGAAGCGUAAGGGAGGUAUAGAAAAGGAGGGCUCUUGCUUUCAUUGUGAUAUUGGAUGCAGUUCUCAUAUUUGUACCAAUGUGGAGGAACUAAAAAGGAGUAGAGAGUUGGCAAAAGGUGAAGUUGAUCUACGAGUUGGUAAUGGAGCAAAGGUUGUUGCUUUAGCCAUUGGAACUUAUGUAUUAACUUUACCCAGUGAUUUAAUAAUUUAG